AUGGCCGACGGUGUGCGGUUGACCGCUCCGACGAUCCUGCUGACCGAACCGUCCGCGCCCCGGACGUCGUCGUCGGCCCACCUGCCGCGAGGCGCCCUCCUCGCCGUUGGCUCCUCUGGCGGUCGCCGGCUGGUGUGCGCGCUCGGAGAUGGGCUGCAGCAUCUGCCGCCGGCCCUCGGCGCCGAGCUGCCCGAGCUGCUGCUUCCCAAGCCGGCGCUGUGCGGCCGUCCGCUCGACCUGUCGGUCGGAGCCCACCGCCUCGUCGGCCACCCGCUCAUGCUGCGUGUCGGGAAGCCGGCCGCCUCAGCAGACGUCGGCGGCGAGGGCGGCUCCGCGGCCGCCAACGGCGGUGGCGGCGGCGAAGAGGGCGGCAGCGGCGGCGGCGGCAGGGCCGACGGCGUCGGCGGCGGGGCCAGCACCGAGAUUCGCGCGCUGAGCGUCGCCUUUGCGCCGUACGACCGCCGGCUUCAGUACCGGCGGACGGUGGCGGCGUGCGCG